AUGGCGCCAGAGAUUAUCACCAAUGGAACAGAUGAGCAAUGCUCCAGGUCACCCGCUGGAAAGAGCAUCGCUGAUUUCCCUUCGAAUGCCAACAACAUUGAAUAUGCUCGUUCUCUAGACGCUUGCUGUCCCCUACGCCAUUUCCGCAAUGAAUUCAUUAUCCCCUCCAAGUCGAAUCUCCGGGCGCAGUCGCUUUCCGAGAUAUCAGCGUCCCCGAUGACGGACUCUGCAUCGGAUGCUGGCAUAUACUUCUGUGGCAAUUCGCUCGGCCUUCAACCAAAAAGGACAUCUGCUUACGUCCAGAACCUGUUGUCCACCUGGGCCACAAUAUGUGUGGAUGGCCAUUUCCGUCCUGUUGCAGACUCACCGCUAGCUCCAUGGCAGGAUCUAGCUGAAUCCGCAUCUAAAUUGUGUGCCCCUCUAGUGGGCGCGGUACCGAGUGAGGUUUCGAUUCAAAACACACUCUCGGUCAACUUACACUUGAUGAUGGCAAGCUUCUACCGUCCCACGGCUGUUCGUAAUAAGGUCUUGUUAGAGUUUCACGCAUUCCCAUCCGAUCAUUACACCAUCGAGUCUCAGAUCAAAUGGCACGGCUACGACCCAGACGAAGCCAUGCUCCUGGUCACCCCUGACCACGGCAAGUACACCCUCUCCACGUCUGAGCUUCUAGCCACCAUUGACGCUUACGCCGACCAACUUGCGCUGAUCGUUCUUCCGGGCAUCCAAUACUACACUGGGCAAAUGCUCGACAUCCCAUUGAUCACUGAGCACGCGCACAAGCAUGGCAUUCCCAUCGGUUGGGACCUAGCACAUGCAGCUGGCAACGUACCGCUACAAUUGCACGACUGGGGAGUCGAUUUUGCCGUGUGGUGUACGUACAAGUACCUGAACUCGGGUCCUGGCAGCAUUGGCGGGCUUUUUGUGCACGAGCGGCAUGGCAAAGUCGAGUAUGCCGACUCCAAGUCAGAGACAGGCCACGACACAGAGAGUGCAAACAGACCAAUCUACCGAGAGCGACUGACUGGGUGGUAUGGAGGAGAUCGUGCUGUACGAUUCAAUAUGGACAACAAGUUCAUCCCCAUCCCUGGCGCGGCUGGGUAUCAGAUUUCGAACCCUUCCGCUAUCGACCUAAGUUGUGUGAUCGCCUCGCUGUCCAUAUUCAACGAGACCUCCAUGCAGGCACUCAGAGAGAAGUCAUUGCGGCUCACAGCUUAUGCAGAGCACUUACUUCUACAAGAUGUACCACUGAUCGAUGGCGAAACCGCAUACAAAAUCAUUACACCCUGCAAUCCCAAUGAAAGAGGUGCCCAGCUCAGCUUGCUGUUCAAGCCUGGGCUCCUGGACAAGGUCGGGCAAGGAUUGAAAAGUGGUGGCGUAGUCGCAGAUCAGCGAAAGCCGGCAGUGUGUCGAAUCCCACCUGCGCCUUUGUACAACACCUAUGAGGAAGUUUACACUGUUGUCCGGAUAAUUAAGGAAGCUGUCUCGUGA